CGGGAUUUCCAGAGCUCUGCGGACUCAUCGAGCUGCUGGAGUUUCGUCCCCCCCUGCCACCAGCACAGCUCGAGGUGUUUGACAGCAAGGGAGACCAAGUUGAACAUCAAUUGAGGCGCAACCCCCCGCGGCCCAGGCCCCCCUCUUCAUGCGGCUCUGGCCGAUCGAUCUGGGUGAAAGCGUCCUCUCGACAUAACAAUGGCGGACGAUGCCCUCGAUCGAGAUGCGCCCGCGGAGUCUCAGCAGAGCGCGAAAUCGGGCCUGUCCCCGACCUCCAGCAGUGACAGCGAGCAGAGUGUUGGCAGCAACAGCAACGGCGAUCCGAGUCGUACCCUCGCUAGAGCUGGUCACGAGGGUUUCGUGCAGCCGUCUUCUUACUUGCGGCCGCAAGCCCAUUCCCAUCCAGUGACGCCGGCGCAACCCGAGAGAACUAUCGACCGUGAAGAGCGACUGGGUCUGCGUGCGAUUCGAGACUUUCUCAAGGUCCGCAACAGCUACGAUGUGCUUCCGCUCAGUUUCCGACUGAUCGUCUUCGAUACCUCGCUCUCCGUCAAAGAGAGCUUAAAUAUCCUCAUUCAGAAUGGCAUUGUCUCCGCACCGUUAUGGGACUCCAAGACGUCCACCUUCGCCGGUCUGCUGACCACGUCCGAUUAUAUUAAUGUUAUCCAGUAUUAUUUUCAGAAUCCCGCCGCCCUAGAUCAGAUCGAUCAAUUUCGACUGUACAGCCUGAGAGAAGUGGAAAAGGCACUUGGCGUUGCACCUCCAGAGACGAUAUCGAUUGAUCCCGAACGACCACUCUACGAAGCAUGCAGGCGUAUGCUUGACUCGAGAGCUCGAAGAAUACCGCUUGUAUCCAAUGACAGCCAGACAGAUAGGUCACUGGUUGUGAGCGUCGUGACUCAGUAUCGAAUCCUUAAGUUCGUAGCGGUCAACGUUGGUGACACGCAAAAGCUGCGGAAGCCCUUGAAAGAGCUCCGUCUGGGCACAUAUGAUAACAUUGUAACGGCAUCAAUGGAAACUCCGGUCAUUGACGUUAUCCAUAGCUUGGUUGAGCGUAGCAUAUCCAGUGUUCCGAUCGUCAAUUCCGAAGGAGUCGUAUACAAUGUUUUCGAAGCGGUCGAUGUCAUCACUCUGAUCAAGGGCGGUGUAUACGACGAUUUGAAUCUAAGCGUGGGUGAAGCGUUGAAGAAGCGCUCUCCAGACUUCCCGGGCAUUUAUACUUGUUCGGCCGAGGACGGCCUCGACACCAUCUUCGACACGAUCCGCAAAUCCCGCGUUCACCGUCUCGUCGUGGUCGACGAUCACUUCCGGUUAAAGGGAGUCCUCACGUUGAGUGACAUACUACAUUACAUUCUGCUAGAAGGCGAAAAUGAUGAAUUGUGAUCAUGAUGUAAAGGUUAUACGCAUGGAACGGGCGUUUGUCGGGUUGGAGUUAGAAACCCAAUGCAUGAAAUAUUGGCUCUGGAUCAUGACUGCAUAGUUGAGUCGGCCAUGCCUAAUCCAGUGAUACACCGGAAAGGCAACAAUUGAUGUUUGAACAAAAGCAAUGACCGGCUAGCGUCUCCUUGCGUCGGGACGUAUCUAGGAGAUACUUGGUAUUGUUCGUCCUUUUCCGGUACUUAGAUGGUCAAUGAAGUUCUUUCGGUCCUCUCCGAUCUCUGUUCACUUCUGCGGCUUCUCACUCUGAUGCUAAGCGUCUAGAGUGACGAA